UUGCAUGCUCUCUGAUAGCCAGUCUGUCUUCAGUUCACAAUGGAGGAAUACCAGUUGAAGCCGUCCGCUCAUCGUCAAAUGUGCCAAUGUGCGUGUUCUUGUGGACAGGGAACAUGGCAAAGCCAACUGAGAUUUGCGGCGCCUCACUGCACAGCUGGAGCGGAGGUUUAUGAAGAUGACAGCUGGUCCCAAGCAGUCUUAGACCGAAUGUUACCGGCGACAUCUCAUAGGGCUGUGUGUCGAAAACAUGUGUAUCCGGCCAAGAGUAGCAGUGUUGAAAGGAAUUUCAUGCCAAAGCAUUUGGAUAUUUCCUCACGAAGUCCGACAAAUGGGUGCGUCGAAUCAUAUGGAACGUCGUGCAUGGGACGUUGGGUGCCGGAGCCCUUGGCUCAAUCUACUCCACCACUGCCGACUCCCCCACCGAUUCUUCAACAAGUUUCUACAACACCUAUCUAUUCCUUUCCGUUGGGUGAAUCGAAAGGAUCAUCUCAUGACUUGAAUUCGCACUCUCCAAUUGGGAUUUCAACGCAUCAUUUCGCGUUACCAUCACUUCAAAUCCGUACUGGCUCAGUAAAUGACGAAGUAGACGUACGUAAGGUUGCUGAGUUACCUCCUCCACGCUCCCCAUCACCCCCGCCUUUUCCACCAGGUUAUCCCACUGCAAACAUUGUAACACCUUACCAAGUCUCUUUUCUUGUAGAUCCCAGCACCCUUCCACCACCCCGUGCGAGCAUGCUAGAGCCUGAUACCUUAAUUCAUGAAUUUGGUGAUGUACCUGCCCUAGCUAGCCUGCGUGAACAUCCAAGUACGUGUAUACCUGUCAUCGGAAAUGCUCAGGUAAUUUACGCACCGCCAUCUACAGUGUCCGCUCGGAGUAAAGAAUCUGCCGUCGAUAGCACCGUGGUCUAUAUGUCCGCCAGUGAGUUAGACGACGAGUCAGAGCAGGUUGCGCCGCGCGUGUCUGCCCUCAAUGCCGCAUCAGAAACGCCACCUGCUGAAACGUGUCCGUCGAAUGAUGGUACGUCUGCCAAAAGCCAGCAGACCACUUCUAAAGGCAAGAGUGAGUCAAGGAGGCGGACACAUAAUUUGGCCGUCGCUGCUAGCAUCAUCAUGCUGUUGCUGACCAGCCUGUGCAUCGCCGCCGCUGUGAUGGUAAUCUACUUCAGGACGUCCGCGCAGCCAGCUCCGGGAACGUCCCCAAUGACGUCAUUUACAAGUAUUGUAACACCGACAUCGGACGUGCGAGUGAACCAACGGACCAGCGACGCAACAGGCAUGCAUGGCUUUGCAAGCACACUUGGAGUGACAGUAGACCCAGAACGGAAUUGCAGUAUAAUGGAGGUCACGUGCGACAAUGAGACGGAAACACUCAAUCUGGUUGACUGCAUCUGUGAUUGUCUUGAUGGGUGGACAAGAUCCACGAACGGGGACUGUAUUAGGUGUAUUGAAGCGGGUUGCAGUGGCAAUGCUACCUGCGACAUUGUACUACGAGAUGCUGGAUCAUCCCAGCCGAACGUCACUUGCCAGUGCGUGGGUGGAUACACUGGAAAUGGCGUGGACUGUAUUCCAGAAAAUAUUGACAGUCGUCAGUUUGAAGAUUCAUGGUAGGUAUAGUGAGGACCGAUCCCCCCCC